UUUUUUAAUAAUUAGGCCCCGCAAACAACGAUGCGAAUGUGAGUGGGGGAAAUGGAGCAGUGACAACCGGAUCGGAAACCACCGUGUCACUCUCCUCCUCCCUCAGAAACGAUGUCGUUUCCGUCUCACCGGCGAUCCCAAUCGGAGGUGCAUUUCCGGAUCCCGGAGGAUAUGGACCUCGAAAUGGAUCCAUUCGACGCCCAUUUCCAAGAUCCGGGUGACCUCUUAUCGGAAUACAUGGAUUCCGGAUCCAAACUCCAAUCUCCGAUCAAUGCGGAGGACGACGACGGCGCCGGCGCCAAAAACGCCUGGCCUGGUCACCGCCGCAGCAACUCCGCCGAUGCUUCUUCUUCCAUGUUGUCAGAAGGCAUCGAGGCUAAGAAAGCCAUGUCCCCUGAUAAGCUCGCUGAAUUGUGGAACGUUGAUCCCAAACGAGCUAAGAGGAUUCUGGCUAACCGUCAAUCUGCGGCGCGCUCGAAAGAGAGGAAGGCUUGCUAUGUGUUGGAGCUUGAGAGAAAAAUUCAUUCUCUUCAGACUGAAGCAACCACUCUUUCUGCACAGUUGAAUCUUUUCCAGAGAGAUACAACUGGUCUGAGUUCUGAAAAUAAUGAGUUGAAGCUUCGGUUACAAGCCAUGGAGCAACAAGCUAAGUUAUGUGAUGCCCUAAAUGAAGCACUGAAGAAAGAAGUUGAUAGGCUCAAGAUGGCUACUGGAGAAGUAGUAACUCAUGCUGACUCCUUUACUUUGGGAAUGCAUCAUCUUUCAUAUUCACAAGCUCCGUUUUCCUUACAUCAACCACAACAUGGGCGGAGCGAACUUCAGGCUAUGCAAAUGUCACAUUUGCAUUCACUCUCAUCUGAUGUAUCUACUCCCCAUCAUCAGCCUAUGUUUGACCUAUCCACUCCAUAUGAUAUGUCGGAAAUGUUGUCAAGUGAUUCUAUCGGCCAGUUUCAGGGGCUGGACAUAGGUCACAGGGUUUCUCAUGUUCUGAUGCCUGAUGGUCGCUCCGUUUCUGUUAAUAAAAUUGACAAUCCCUUUUGAUGCAAAUUUGAUUGACCAACAUGUCACCACCCUGUUUAACGAAUUGUUCAUAGACUGACAUGAGUGAGACCUGAAGGUAUUGAUUUUUUUUGUUUUUCUAUUCAAUUUUUUAUUUGAUUUAACUUUA